UCAAUUCAAUUGUUCGCCAACUGAACUGUCACGAACUCACACGGCAGAGAAACAAAAUGUCAUGUGGAUUCGAGCUCAAUCAUUCGUAGAGGAAAUUUGGAAUUAUUCAUCGCUUUGUGUCUUCGAAUUUACACUGAUUGGAAAGCGUAAACAUCGGUGAAAUGGAAACUCUUGCUCAGUUCGAUUGUAACGAGUGCGUAGAUGCCGGUUUUUAACAAGCUUCCGACUACACGGGCGAACCAGUGCGGUGCAAUUUACUUGAAUUUUCUUCCCAAUCUUAAAAUCAUUCUUUUGUGAUUCUACCGUCAAAAGUAAAUAAAAAGCUUUGUAUUGAACGUGUUAAGAUUUUCCACAUAUACGUAUAGGGUUACUUUCUGUUCACGUUGGAAUAAACCUCUCCCGAUAUUGGAUAUUUUGUGUGCUCUUCUGAUAGGUUUGUGUAUAAUAUCAUCACAAUGGGACAAACGCUUUCCGAACCAGUUACAGCAAAGGAAUCAGCCUAUUGUCAGAAUGAACAUUAUAGGGUUGGUUCCAGUUGUAUGCAGGGAUGGCGAGUCAAUAUGGAAGAUUCCCAUACACACAUACUGUCACUACCAGAUGACCCUGGGACAGCAUUCUUUGGCGUUUAUGAUGGUCAUGGCGGCGCAUCUGUUGCACAAUAUGCAGGAAAAAAUUUACAUAAGUUUAUUGUAAAAAGACCAGAAUAUAAAACAAAUAUAGAAGUAGCUAUGAAACAGGCAUUCCUUGAUAUAGACGACGCUAUGGUUUAUGAUGAAGCAUGUGCGGAUCAGAUGGCGGGAUCAACCGCAGUAGUUGUAUUAGUGAAAGAUAAUCGUCUGUACUGUGCAAACGCUGGUGAUUCAAGGGCUAUUGCAUGUGUUAACGGCGAAGUACAAUCAUUGUCUAUCGACCAUAAACCAAAUAAUGAAGAAGAAAGCAAACGGAUAAAUGAUGGUGGCGGUUGGGUGGAAUUUAAUAGGGUCAAUGGCAAUUUAGCUUUAUCUCGUGCUUUAGGUGAUUUUGUUUUUAAGAGAAAUGCCCUGAAAAAGCCGGAGGAACAAAUUGUAACAGCUUAUCCGGACGUUCAAACACGAGAGAUAACCGAAGAUUGGGAAUUCAUUGUGUUAGCUUGUGACGGCAUUUGGGACGUAAUGAGCAACGAAGAUGUUGCCGAAUUUUGUCGAAAGCGAAUAGGAAUGGGAUUGUAUCCAGAAGAAAUAUGUGAAGAAUUAAUGACACAUUGCCUAGCGCCUGAUUACCAGAUGGGCGGCCUGGGCGGUGAUAAUAUGACGGUUGUACUUGUCUGCUUUCUGCAUGGUAAAACUUAUGAUGACCUGAUAGCCCGUACAUCAAAAACUACCAAUGCCACGCAAACGGAAGAAAUGGAUUUGAAAUAGCGAACAAUUUAUAACAUAGAAGUAGAGCUGACUUGUAACCACAAUGUUGAUAAAACCAAUUACAGUAACAAUGAUAAUAAUGUUUCAGAAAGACUUCAUUUUGUCCUAAAACCGAUACUUAAAUUACGUGUCUCGUUUGUUUUACAAUUGUUAACUUCUACUGUAUUAAUAAAAUUAGGAUGUAUAUAUUUUGUUGUUUUUAUCAGGGUUCGAUUAAAGCAGAGCUGAAGUUGCCUUUUUAAUUUGCUUUCAAUUGAAAUUUUUAGUUCAAAGACUUAUUUUUGAAGAGAUUUUUGUUAUUCGUAACCGUGAACUAUUAGAUAAUAUUCCUUUUUGUUGUACAUGUAGACCUAGUGAACUUAAGAUGUAAGUGAAAGAAUUGCUGAAUGAAUGAAUGAAGAAAUCCAAUAAAGUGGAUUAUGCCAAAU